AUGAUUAAGCGUUUCUAUCGCCAGCUAAAGACCGCCCUGCAUGCCGUAGAAGACCCAGGAAACUGGUCGAACAACCUUUCUCUUGCACUCCUCGGCAUCCGAGCAGCUCUAAAGUCGGAUCUGGGCUAUAGCGCAGUUGAAGUGGUUUUCGGCACUACCCUCCGACUGCCAGGCGAGAAGAUCACCCCAACAUCUCGUGCAGCCGAUAAGACUCCUGACAAUCUUUUGUUCCGUUUGCGGCAAUUUAUGCGCUCGCUUAUCCCGGUUCCACCUCGAAGUCCAAUGACUGAGUCUUAUGUUGAAAAAGACUUGGACAACUUUACUCAUGUGUUCGUCCGGUGUGACCGUGUGCGCCAGCCGCUGGAAUCCCCAUACGAAGGACCGUUCCGCGUGCUCGCGCACAACGCCAAGACCUGCCGGAUUCUUCGCGGUAACAAGGAGGGCGUGGUCAGUGGCGAUCGGGUCAAGGCUACUGUUGCAGAGGAGCAGCCGGGCCUGUCACAAGGACAAAAAUGUGCUGACCCCCUAACCCCUAUUCCUCCAUCUUCGCUAUCGCCUGCUCAUUCACCCUGCCUACUGCAUCGCCCUUCCCCUGCCUUGCCCUCCACCCCUCCGUCCCACAUACUUCCUCUCCCAACAUGUCUAAAGCACCCAACGGCAACAGCGCCGUCCACUAUAUCCCGCAGUCGACUCUCUUCGACUGUACCUACUUCUCGCACCACUCGCAAUGACCGUCACGUUCAUUUCCCUGAUCGUUUACUUACGCAUUUUUUCUAG